AUGGCCCCCAAAUCACACGCUUCUGCAGCAGGAACAGCAUACAGCAACGAUAAAAUGAACAUGGCCACGCGACAUUCUCACUCCGUCAAUGCAUAUGUGACCAGCGACACGUCGAACCCAACGGCGCACCUCGCACUGGGCUCGGGCAAAGCCACUUCCCCCGACCAGAAGGUCAAGAAGACCAAAGAGAAGCUCGAUGCCUGGGACAAAGCUUGGAGGAGCACGAAAUCGAACGGAGGUUGA